CUUUAGUCUGUUGUUCCCCCCAAAUACAAUCAAUUCGAAGGAUGCGCUUUUCUCCUCAACUGCAAUGCUUAUGCUCCCUGAGAUAACCAAUGGGAUAGCUUAUUAUUUCUCACACAGCCUCAUAUAUUGAAGAUAUAACCAAAGUGUUUUUCUCGGACUCAACUAUAUACAUCAUGAGUGACAGGCGUCGCAUCUCCACUCUGGGCUCCGUAUCCCGAUGGUCAGCAUUCAUGAUGUUUUCCCUCAUCACCGACUAUACAGUCGAGGGGGCUCCUAUUGCUCACAAUAGCAUCGACCACUCCUUCCCAACGCGUCUCAUAGACAAUGCAGCCGCGACCAAGAUGACUCGGUCGCUAUGUCUGGCCGAAGACUCCGACCGGAGCUGCGGCUUGCUCAGGAAGAUCUCCGAGUACAAGCAGCAGGUGUCCAUCACGAAGCUCGUCGUGCUCGCCUGCCUACUUGCCGUAUGCGCCGUGGUCUACCGGAUCUGUCUGAACACGAUGUACUGUCAACGCCGCCGGGUCGACCGAGCAGCGCAGCGCGAAGAGAGGAAAGCUCGCCGGGCCUACAAGGCUGCCGCACGACGGCUCCGAUGGCAUCGCUGGUGGGAGAGGAAGCCUACUGCUGAUUCGCCAGCUCCGGAACCCGAGAAUGAACUCUUCGUCAUAGACAUGCCGCCGGAAGAGCCCGGUCGAAUGCAGGUGGGCUCGGACGCGGCUUCUCUGCCCGGAGCCAUGCAAGAUGAACUGCAGAACUUAAGACAGACACUUGCAUGCGUCGGGAAAUUGAUCGGGGCGGAGAACAUCCAGAGCGCAACGCAGCAGGAUCUGAUCCGACCAGAUGGUGAUCAGAUACCAAGCCUGCAUGGUAAGCGCCGCAUGUCCUCGGAGACGCUCGCUACGUCGACUGUCGGAUUAUCGACCAUCACGUUUACUGCGACGAGUAGUCGAGUGAGCCAUGGGCCUGGGUCCUCUAAGACGGUGAAAUCAGGGGACACGCUAGAUUCGGCCCCUCCACCUAGCUACAGAUCAUGAUCUGCACAUGAUGCACCUACAGUAGUACGGAAUGAGAGAUCAUAUAUUCGGCCAUGGCUCAUUGCAGAAAUGGUUCCGGAGAGAUCAUAAAGCUUAUUAGUACAUUG